AUGGAACUUCCAUUUGAGUUGCCCUCCUACAUUAAUUACGCUGAGCCUACCAUCGCCAGACCGUUCGGUGUCUACCUGUGGCCGAUCUUCGACCACUUCUUCACCCAGGUUACCGGCUAUGCCGCAGACGAGUUCAGAUUCGUGAAGGACGUGACUUUUAUGUCAAACUGGAUCCACGCCAUUUCCGUGAUCGCCGUCUACUACGUGAUCAUCUUUGGCGGCCAGGCCAUCAUGAAUAAGCUCGACGCCAGACCGAUCAAGCUCAACUGGUUGUUCCAGAUCCAUAAUGUUCUGUUGACUGCUAUUUCAUUUGUCCUCCUUGUUGUUCUUCUGGAACAACUUAUCCCAAUGGUGUACUACCACGGCCUCUUCUGGUCGAUUUGUGACAAAGGUGCUUUCACCAACAAACUUGUCACCUUGUACUACCUCAACUACCUUACCAAGUACUUGGAGUUGUUCGACACUGUGUUUUUGGUGCUGAGAAGAAAACCUUUGAGAUUCCUCCACACUUACCACCAUGGUGCUACCGCUCUGCUGUGCUACACCCAGCUCGUUGGCCACACCGCUGUCGAGUGGGUUCCUAUCUCGUUGAACCUUGCCGUUCACGUUCUCAUGUACUGGUACUACUUCCUUGCUGCUCGUGGUAUCAGAGUUUGGUGGAAAGAAUGGGUCACCAGAUUCCAAAUCAUCCAGUUCUUAGUUGAUCUGGUGUUUGUGUACUUUGCCACAUACUCCUUCUAUGCAUUCCACUACUUCGAUGGCUUUUUCCCUUCGAUGGGUGACUGCUACGGUACUCAAACCGCUGCUGCUUGCGGAUACUUGCUCUUGACUUCUUACCUCUUCUUGUUCAUCAGUUUCUACAUCCAGGUCUACAGAUCCGGCAACAAGAAGAAGGCACAGGCUGCUAAGGAGGCCAAAGCCAAGAAGCUGGCCGACGCCGAGCCAGUCAAGCCAAAGUCCAGAAAAGCGUAA